AUGGCCGGGGCCGGGGUGGCGAUCGGGGUCGGGGAGGUGGCCAGGCCGGGAGCCCCGGGACUGGGACCUCGACGGGCCCCGGCGGGGCGGCGCAAGGAGGCGGAGCCGGGGCCCGAGAGCGGCGAGGAGCCGCGGGGUGCGGGCCGCCUGGCGCGUCUCCGCGGGCAGCUGCGGGCGCAGGCGGCGGGACCUGGGGGCGCGCGGGGCGGCGGCCGGGACGAGCCGUCGGGGCCGCGGCUGGCCGAGCUGGUGGAGCGCGUGGGCGCGGCCGGGGGCCCCGCGGCCGGGCCGCCCUCCCCGGGCUCCGCGUACUCCGUGUGCUCGGUGUGCGGGGAGCCCCGCGGCGGCGCCACGUACCCGGCCGGCGUGCUGGAGGUGAGCGAGCAGCGCCUGCAAGCGGGCCUAGCCGGGCUGCGCGCAGAGCUCACCGCCGGCCUCGGGGCGCUACGCGCCGAGCUGGCGGCCGAGCUGGCCGCGCUGCGGGAAGCCCUGGGCCGCCAGCCCCAGCAGCAGCAGGAGCCCCAGCAGGACGGGCCCGGCGGCCGCCGGCGGCCCCCAGCUGGCCCCCGAAAGGACGCGCUCCUAGCCCCAGGCUCGGGCCCCACCCGCGGCCAGGCGCUGCUGAGGGCCAUUGGCACGGUCAAUGCGCUGAGCGCCUCCACCUCCCCGAAACCCCGGCCCCGGCCCCCGCCCGCGGCCAGGCACUGCUGCGGGCCAUUGGCACGAUCAAUGCGUUGA